GUGACAUGCAUCUGUGUCGUGCAUUAUAAAAAGCUUCCAUUCUGCCCAACCAGCCUUUGAACAAUCAUCACCAUCACCGAGAACUUACCAAUCAAAGCACAGUGAUUAAUUAUUCGUACACAAAAAAAUCAUCUUCACAAUGGCCCUUCCCCCCAAGUUCGCCGCGCAAAAGAGGCUCUUCGCCGACCCCUCCCCCGCACUUGCGGCGUCCGGCGUCCCCAACGCUACACAUACUCUCGAGCUCUACCUCGAUUACUGCUGCCCUUUCUCGGCUAAGCUCUUCAAUACCUUUACUACUGUCAUCGACCCAAUCAUCCGCCAGAACCCAAAGUGGGCGUCGUCGUUCGCCGUCAUCAUCCGCCAGCAGGUUCAGCCAUGGCAUCCUUCGUCGACGCUAAUGCAUGAAGCCGCAUUGGCUGUCUUGCGCCUGUCGCCCGACAAGUUCUGGGAUUUCAGCACUGCUCUGUUUAAGGAGCAAAAGGACUUCUUUGAUGUCAAUGUUGUGAACGAGACUCGCAACCAGACGUACAAGCGCCUGGCUACUGUCGCCGGGAAGGUCGGCGUUGACGAGGCCAGUGUCUAUGGGUUGCUCGAGAUCUCGGAUAAGCCCGGCGCCGAUGGAUCCCUCAACUCGGGCAACCAAGUUACCAACGACUUGAAGCUUGUUACAAAGAUGAACCGUUUGAUUGGCGUUCAUGUAACACCGACUGGUGUACUUAACGGUGUUGUCCACGAUCUUGGCUCCUCUUGGACUGCGGAGCAAUGGACCGAGUGGCUUACCAAGAACCUCGACUAAUGUAUUAAAUAGAAAAAGGAAUAAGUACAUCAUUAUUUGAACAGUAUGAUAAUUAAAACAAUCGUGAUGAAGACAUACAUAGCAAAUAUAGCGUUGAAAAUGUGCACUACUUCAUCUUUCCACAAGCAAUCCUAUAGCCCAUGCUUCAGCCACAACCGGUACAUCUCUGUUUUCGGCAAGUCUGCAAACAAAAUAAUGUUUAUAGAGUAUUUAGUGGCCGUAAGAGAUUGCAGCUUACAACCGCUGUCCUGGAGA